AUGAUUACUAAAAUUGAAGACAAGCAAUUAAAUGAAUCAUCAGACAGUUCUGUUGAUGAAGAUGAAGAACAACAACAAAAAUUACAAAAACCAAAUAUAUAUAAUAAAUAUUUACCAUUUUAUGAGGAAAUUAAAAAGCAAGGUUUUGAUUCAUUCAAUGAAAUAUGUGAAAAUCUUAGUAAAAUUAUUCAAUUGAGAGAACUGAGACCGGGUUUCUCACUUUGGUCGUCAAAAUUACAACGAUUUAUCAAUUUAUAUGGCUAUUAUUUUUCCAAAGAAGAACAUCUUCGAUUCAUCAAUUUUUAUUUGUCAAUAUUAUCAAUUAAAGAUUUGGACUAUUCACACGUUAAAACAUGUUUUGAUAUGUUGAAAGAGCUGUUGAGAAAAACUCGUUUAAUUACUCGCGAUGAUCUAACAAUUGAUUGGAAUCAAUUGUAUUAUUGGACAAAACGAAUUUUGCAUAAUCAUGACGUAUCUUAUGCUCUUGUUGCCAUGCCAGAUGAUAUUGUAGAUUCUUUAUAUUAUUGUGUUCAUGGUUGUCGUCCAUAUUUAUCUCCAGCAUCCACACAAGAAAUACUUGAUCAAUUUCGACCACAUCUAUGUCCAUUUGAUUCAGCAUUUUUCGAUGCUAUUAGAAUAUUUGAAUUAUUUUUACCUGUACAUUUACCUCCACAAUUACAUGACAAAGGAUUUAAAUUAUGGCUUCCCGAAUUUCUUGGAAUUUGGGAGAGUGUACAUAGUAAUCCAGAAUGGGAAGGAAAUUUAGUGAAUUUGUUUUCAAUAGUAGCAUGGUAUAAUAUCGGAUAUAUCGAUUGGCAGCCUUGGAUUCCAAAAAUCUUCACGCGUAUACUGCAAAGUAUGGGUUUACCAGUUGGUAGUACAAAAAUAAAUGUAACUUUAGCUCCAAGCAAUUAUAAUACGAUAAGUGUGACGACGUGGAUUGUUGCCAUGCUGGGAAAUGGAAGUUCAUGUUUACAAUAUUUAAAAGAUUUAUUCACUGCCAUUAAAACGUUUUAUCAUCCAUCUAAUACCGGAAAAUUUCAAGAUGAUUUGGUUGACUUUAUAUCAAACUUAGCUCAAGUAUUCGUCGAUCGUGUUCAUUUAGAACAUAAAGUACAUCCGGUAUGGUGUUUCAUGCCACCACCAGCGUAUCGUUUAACUGAACAAGAUAUAACAGAUUUCGUUAAUUGUAUGAAAGAAACGGUGUUCAUUACUAUAUUUUUAAAAUCACAUGAAAAAGAAGCAGCAAAAGCAUGUCAGUAUUUGUCAAUGUUGAGGCCAGAGUUAAUUGUUCCACCUGUAGUAGAAAAACUAUUUUCAAGUGUUGACAGUAUGACAGAACCUCAUCGUUUCACGUCGUUAAUGAAUUGUUUAGUUUGUAUAGCAAGGCAAAUUGUUCGUCAAACUCCUAAUUUCACCGAAGGACAAACCUAUGUUAUUCCUCUGUUAAUGGCAGUUUUACCGGGCAUCGAUCCAAAUGAUUUUAAAAAAACAGCUGUCACAUUUCGAUUUUUAAAUUCCAUAUUGAUGUUGGUAACUUGUGUUGAUUGUUCAUCAGCCAUACACACAAGAACAGAUUUAACUCCGAUUGAAAAGGAAGUUUGUCUAUCCACAGCAAAAUUUGAAGAUUUCAUUACAGAAUUUUUAAAUCGUACAUUUCAAAUCAUUGAUACUUUAUCAACAGAAAUGUCAGACGCUGUUACUGUUGUAAUAAAAUCAAAUAUGGAAGAUCAUAUCACUGAGUCAGCACUAACAUCCAUGAUGUUUGGCAUAGUUCAACAAUGUAGUCAAAAGAUAUUUCAAUUUGCUCUACAUAAAGUAAUGAAUUUCAUUGCUGGCAGUUUUUAUACACCAAAAGUUGGUAAGCUGGUCACCGGUCUUGUACGUGCAUUAUUAAGAGGGAAUGCAUUUGAAACAUUAAAACAUAUAUUACCACAAACGUGUGAACGAAUUACACAAAUAAUGAAUAAUAUUGAAACAACAAUUCUCACUGAUCAUAAAGGUGAUACCGAAUUAACAUGGUGUCUAAUCUUAUUUUCUGAGUUAUUACGUGCCAGAGGUGAUGCAUUGAUGAAAUAUAAACAAAUGAUUAUGCAAAUAUUUUAUCGUUGUAUAUGUAUUAUUCACAAAGAUAGUUAUGAGGCGAUAGCAAAUGCUGCAAGAAAUUUAUUAAAAUCAUUGACAUAUAUGUAUUCGAUUGAUUAUCGUUUAACAGUGGAGAAUAUCGAUGAACCAUUUACACAUUUUUUACCAAUUAGAGCAUGGGGAGAACAUGUUCAAUUUGAUAAUCUACAAGUCCAGUUUCACAUACCAAAUGCAGAGGAAGUUGAUUUUGCAUGUGAAUUUAUAAAAAUCUAUUUAUAUCCUGAAUUGAAUUUAUUAACCGAAAAAGGCAUUAAAUUGUCGAAUGAUGAACGUCUAAGAUCAUUGACCAUUGUACAAUCUAUUGCAAUCGGUUGUCUUGCAAUGAUACCACGUAUUAAUAGCAAAGAAGUGGAAGAUCUUGUUCCAUCAGUUGCUCCAUAUGGAUCAAAAUUUUAUGUACGAUAUUCAGUUUAUGCUAAACAACCAGAAUUUGAUGAAAAUUUGAGGUUACGUCUGUUGACAGAUAUUGGAAAACUAAUUGAUGCCUUAGCCGAAAAUCAUUCAGAUGAUGCAUCGUCAUUAAAAACUGCACUAAAGGUAUAAAUUACAAAGGAUAUGAUGAUGCAUCGUAUUUUAUUAAUCGUUAUUUAUUCAACUCCUGAGAAGUGUUACGUGACAAAACUAACUCCAAAAGAGCUGAGUGAAUUAAAAACUCAGACUUUUUAAGGUUUUUAAACUAUGCUCUUUCAUUUGGCUCUGAUUUAAUGUCUUUUAAAAUGCAUGAACGUCGGAUUUCUAAAAAAUCAUGGCUUUAGGCAUACCUGGAUACAGAAAAACUUUUCCCUAGGAAAAUGCUGUUCCUUUAAAA